UGAAAUCAUUUCAUAGACCCUUACGAAUAUCACAAAUCAAUUUGACCGGGUCGACCCAAGUUCUAAAAUUCUUUCAACUGUUGGAAUAAAUCGAAACUAAAUUGCAACAUGUCGAUCCGCAACAUACAUGUACAUACUACAUACUAUGAGGAGGAAUAUGACAGCCCGACUACGGUUAGCGAGGGGAGCACGGAGAGCGUGCGGAGCGAGUGGAGCGACUCAGAGGAAGAAGAGCAGCUGCCGCCGGCAAGCGAUUCGCAUCGGUGGAACUUUCAGCUGCUGGGCACAGUGGUGCUGCUGUUCCUGGUCCGCCUCUGGCACAAGGACUACCUCCAGUACUUUGUGGGUUCCAUUAUGCUGCCAGGGCCAGCCCUAUCGGAAUCUGCUCGGCCGCUGCACACGGGACUCAUGUGGUUCUCUUCGGCGGCCCUCUUCAGGCUACUCCGUAAGCGGGCAAGCGAGUGGGAGCGUUGUGAAGUGCAGCGCCAGCGUCGAUUGGAAAAGUUGGAGCGGCUUUUAAUGUGGCAGUAGCCUCCGCUGAAUUCCACAUUUGCCCAACCGAUCCCUCUCCUGGCGAUACCCUGUGAUUCGUAUGAAAUAAAGAAACGAGACCAUAACGGAGUUCAUUUUGGAUAAUUGGAA